ACUAAACAGAACUCUAAAAAAUACACAACUCUAUUACAUUCUUUGUUUCUCUCUCUUUCCAUUACCAUGGAAGGUCUCAAUUUUCUCAGAUUUUGGAAACAUAGCUAUGGUGCUCACAAAGAGAACCAAAACCAACCUUGUUGUGAAAACAGUGGCACCACGGAGAUUCCAAAGUCUUUGAUUGUUUCAGAUCAUGAGUUGGAUGAAGGAGAGGACUCUUUCAUUGACUUGGAGCUUCCUAUGCAUGAGUUUGACGACAAGGGAAAUGCCCACGGCAACAGCCAUGAAGAGAACGGUGUCAAAGGCAAGAAAAGAUUCAACUCCAAGAAAGAGCGAGCAUUCCACAAACCGGCUAAGAAUGUUGGUGAUAAAGAGCUCGACUUGCCACAGCACACUCGUUCUUUGUCUCCGAAUGAUCACUUCUCCAAAAGAAAGAUCAUUCCCAUUGAGCCAAGCUCCAAGCCUCAAUCUCUCAUAGCUCUGUUAAAAUCUGCUCCAAAGUUUCGACUCUUUACUCUUAAGAAGUCAGAGUCAAUGGCAAAUACCUGUAAUACAUACACAGCAGAGAAAACAGAGUUCCUCGGUAUUUCUAUGGAGACCCCAAAGCAUGAAAAACAAGGCAAGAGCGAACAUUUCAAAGUGAAAUUCAAAACAGAGGAGUCUUCAAACCUCCCAAUCUUCACCAGUGAAAAUAGGUUGCGGAAAACAAAAGGCAAAACAGAGGAUUCGUUUUCAGAUGAUUCCUCAAAGAGAUUAUCGAAAGAUCUGAUACAGAAAUACCUGAAUUUAAUCAAGCCAUUGUAUGUGAAAGUCUCCAAAAAGAAUAGUCAAAGUGACAAGACAAAAGUCUCAGGCGCCUUAUCAAUGUUAUCCCCGGUGGCUUCUCCAUCAACGGUAUAUUCCAUGAAGGAGAAACAGGGGAAUCUUUCAACAGGGGUUAAAGGGGUUUGCAAGCACUUGGGAAAGAGCAGAUCAGCCUCGGCUGCCUCAUCACCAAUUAAUAGGAGAGAUGAUACGCUGCUACUGCAACAUGAUGGGAUCCAAAGCGCCAUUUUGCAUUGCAAGAAAUCUUUCAAUUCAAAUAGAGAAUCUUCUUGGUUGUCGAGAUGUACAAGUGAUUCUUCACAAGAGAAGCUAAGCAAUGCAUCUUCUACAGAUUCUUCUCUUUUGUCACGAGUUACAAGCAAUUCCUCAUACGAGAAACUGAUGGAUUCCGCAAGAAUAUCUAUUGAAGAAGGAACUGUCUUCAGCACCUGACGAAGUACUAGAAAUCUCGGGAAAAAAUGUUGUUAAUUAAAGCAAUAGAAAGAAAAUAUUGGACAGAGACCUUGAUUUUUAUUAUGACGACGUUA